ACAAGUCCGGCGAAAACAGGGAGGGAUUUUAGCGUGAGGCACCAAACCCGGAACUGCCUCAACAGCUGUUGAAGUCUCAACCCUGGGUGACUCCUUCGUGGAAGAUGGCCAGAGACGGGUGACUGUCGGAGGGAGAAGAAGGGUUGCCUCAGCUGAUGUGAAUUUUGUCAACAAAGGCAUCAUGCUGGAGUCAUAUGUGACUCCUAUUCUAAUGAGCUAUGUGAAUCGCUACAUUAAGAACUUGAAGCCUUCUGACCUUCAGCUGUCACUCUGGGGAGGAGAUGUGGUUCUUAGCAAACUUGAACUAAAGCUUGAUGUACUUGAACAGGAGCUGAAAUUACCAUUUACAUUUUUAAGUGGACAUAUUCAUGAAUUGCGUAUCCAUGUACCAUGGACAAAGCUUGGUUCCGAACCAGUAGUGAUCACAAUCAACACGAUGGAAUGCAUCUUGAAGCUAAAGGAUGGAGUCCAGGAUGACCAUGAAAGCUGUGGCUCCAGUUCAACAAAUCGUAGUACCUCAGAAAGCACAAAAACAUCAGUGAAACCAAGAAGAAUUCAGCAGGCUACUCCUGACCCUGAUUUGCCACCAGGCUAUGUGCAGAGUUUGAUUUGGCGUGUAAUUAACAAUGUCAAUAUUGUCAUCAAUAAUCUCAUACUCAAAUAUGUGGAGGAUGAUAUUGUUCUUUCAGUUAAUAUCACUUCAGCAGAAUGUUACACAGUGAAUGAAUUUUGGGAUCAAGCAUUCAUGGAUAUUUCGGCAACUGAUUUGGUACUAAGGAAGGUGAUCAAUUUCUCUGACUGCACCGUUUGCCUAGACAAAAGAAAUGCUAGUGGUAAAAUUGAAUUUUAUCAAGAUCCACUGCUUUAUAAGUGCUCAUUCAGAACUCGUCUACACUUCACAUAUGAUAAUCUUAAUUCUAAAAUGCCAUCUAUUAUUAAAAUUCAUACAUUAGUUGAGAGUCUAAAACUUUCAAUUACCGAUCAACAACUUCCUAUGUUUAUUCGUAUAAUGCAACUUGGAAUAUCUCUUUACUAUGGAGAAAUAGGCAAUUUUAAAGAUGGGGAAAAUGAAGACCUCAUUUGUCACACUAAGGAUGUUUUGGGAAACAUCUCAGGUUCAGAAGAUGAAAUAGGCAAAGACAUGCAAUAUAUUUCUCCAGAAUCUUACACUCAACAAGAUGAUGACCAACAACAAGGAUGGGUAUCCUGGGCCUGGUCUUUUGUACCUGCCAUUGUGGGUACUGAUGAUGAAGAAGGAUAUUAUGUUGGCACAGAUGAUGGAACAACAAUCAAUCAGCAGAAAUUACCAACAGUUAAGGAUCCUAUUGCUUCUAUAGGAUUUUACUGUACAAAGGCCACUAUCACUUUCAAGCUCACUGAAAUGCAAGCUGAAAGUAGUUAUUACAGUCCACAGAAAGUAAAAUCCAAAGAAAUAAUAUGCUGGGAACAAGAAGGAACUACGGUCGAGAUCCUCAUGAGUGGAGAACCUUUCUUUGAUUGCCAGAUUGGCUUUGUUGGCUGCCAUGCUCUUUGUCUUAAAAGCAUUAUGGGAAUAAAAGAUUUUGAAGAGAAUAUGAACAGAAGUGAUGCAGAGGCUUACUUUCUCCAUUGUGGAGAAAAUUUGAGCACAAAGGGGAUGACGUAUCUUACCAACUCACUAUUUGAUUAUAGAAGUCCUGAAAAUAAUGGAGUUCGUGCAGAAUUCAUUUUGGAUGGAACUGCUCACAAGGAGAUGUACACAGAGAUAACUGGAAUGCAGAGGUUUGGGGCUUUCUACAUGGAUUAUCUGUAUACAAUGGAGAGCACCAGAGGCAAAGUGUCUGGAAAUCAGCCAGAUGUGACUUCAGUGAAGACUGAAGACUUCGGCAAUAUUCAAGAGAUGUCUACAAAAAGCCUUAUUGUAGGCCCUCUCAGUCUUCGCCUUGAUAGCAGUGCAGUACACAGAAUCAUGAAAAUGGUUGUUUGUGCUUUAGAACAUGAAUAUGAGCCUUAUAGCAAGUCUAAGCCAGAUUUUGUAGAUGGAGCUAAAACUGUUCUAGUCUCAGACGAAGUAGCGGCUUUGGAAGAGUAUAUUCCAACUCGAAUCACAAACUUCACAAUUGUGAAAUGCUCUGUUAUUAUUCCUAUGGCUGAAUUCAACUUGCUGGGCCAUUUGCUGCCUAUAAUCAUGGGUCAAAAGAGUUCAAGUUGCUUCUUAAAUACUGCAAAUCUUCAGCCUUUACGACCUCUGCCUUGUAUCCAGAUGCAUGUGGACAAAGUCGUCCUCGAACACUCCGUGCCAAUGUAUGCUGAGCAGCUUGUGCAAACUGUCAGCAGCCUUAACCAACCAUCUGAUAACUUACUGCACUAUUGUUAUGCACAUUGCUAUCUUAAGAUAUUUGGUUUUCAGGCAGGGCUCUCCUCACUGGAUAUUAAUGGAUCUUACAGUUCACCAGCUUCAGUUAUUCCUCCAUUGAGUACUGCCUUUUAUGGCAAAAUGCUUCAGCUUCCUAAACACUGGUCAAAGUGGUCUAAUGUUGCAGUGAAUGAAUGCAUAUUUGAACUUCCAAAUCUAACCAUUCAAGCAACAAGGGCCCAAACCUUUCUAAUGCAAACAAUUUGGCAGAGUUGGGCUUACACUGGAAAUGUUAGUUCACCAGUUGUGAAUGAAGCUUUAGUGAAUGAAGUCUUCCAACUGCCAGGUGUGAAAUCUAAGAAUCCCCUGCCAACUCUUGAGGGCUCAAUCCAGAAUGUUGAACUGAAGUACUGCAGCACAUCAUUGGUCAAAUGUGCCUCUGGGACCAUGGGAUCAAUAAAAAUUUGUGCCAAAGCCCCAGGUGAUGGAGGGAAGGAGAAACUGAUCCCGUUAAUUCAAGGACCAUCUGAUACUAGAGAUUUACACAGCAGCAAAUGGCUUAAUGAAAGCAGAAAACCAGAGUCUAUUCUUGCUCCAGAUCUCUUGGCCUUCACAGUUCAGAUCCCUCAGCAUAAGGACUACAGCUAUAGUUCUGGAGCUGUGCUUUUAGCCAGUGUACAAGGAUUAACCAUCAACAUUGAUCCAGUUUUAUAUACUUGGCUCGUGUACCAGCCUCAGAAACGAAGCAACAGACCAGUACAGCAGUCUGGCUCUGUAUCUCUGGGGACACCAGUAACAAGGAAAAAAGAAGAUGAGGCCUCAAUUGGAAGUACACCGUUGCCCAAGCAGCCAUCAAAUCAGGCCUCUGAAUAUGCCAGCAGCCCUGUCAAAACUAAAACUGUAACAGAAUCGAGGCCUUUAUCAAUUCCAAUGAAAGCCAUGUUGAGCUCACUUGAAACCUGCAGCAAAAGUCCCGAGGAAAGAAUGAAAGAAUGUAUUGGAAUAGUGUGGAAUGCAGUUAAGCGCCUUACACUUCAGCUUGAAGUGCAGUCCUGCUGUAUGUUCAUUCCAAAUGACAGCCUUCCAUCUCCUAGUACAAUUGUGUCGGGUGACAUUCCUGGGACUGUGCGCAGUUGGUAUCAUGGACAGGCUCGCAUGCCAGGAACACUGGUCCUGUGCCUACCCCAGAUAAAAGUUAUGAGUGCCGGUCACAAAUAUAUGGAGCCCUUGCAAGAAAUUCCCUUUGUUGUGCAAAGACCAAUUCUUGAAGAAGGUGAUGCUUUCCCUUGGACAGUCAAUCUGAAUCAUUUCAGUGUGUAUACUCUUCUUGGGCAGCAAAUGACUCUUAAUUUAAUAGAACCUAUGGGCUGCACUUCUACUCUGGCAGUCACUUCACAAACGCUUCAUGUUGCGGGACCCGAAUCCAAACAUUCAUUUGUUGUGUGUCUCCAUGUUGACCUUGAAUCUCUUGAAGUGAAAUGCUCAAAUCCUCAGGUACAAUUGCUGUAUGAACUAACAGAUAUAAUGAACAAAGUCUGGAAUAAGAUUCAGAAGAAAGGCAUUUUGCACCACUCUCAGGCCUAUACAGAAUCUGCUUCAGGGCCUGCACCUCCUAGCUCCCCGAUUAAAAGCAGUGUUGGGACAGCUCCACUGGAUACCAGCACAUGUAGUCCAUCUGCUGACUUUGGGACAACUACAGAGGGCGAAUCUCUACAAGGUGGUGAUGAUUCUCCAUUCUCUGACUCUAUUACCUUAGAACAAACAACAAGUAACAUUGGUAUAUCAAGUGGACGUGUUAGUUUAUGGAUGCAGUGGAUGUUGCCAAAACUCACUGUAAAGUUGUUUGCACCAGAUCCAGAAAAUAAAGGCACAGAGAUCUGUGUUGUCGGUGAACUGGAAGACCUCAGUGCCUCAGUUGAUGUACAAGAUGUCUACACUAAAGUCAAGUGUAAAAUAGAAAGUUUCAAUGUUGACCACUACAGAAACAGCUUUGGGGAAGACUCUUGGUCUCUGGGGAAAUGUGGAGGUGUCUUCCUUUCCUGUACUGACAAGCUGAACAGACGUACCUUGUUGGUUCGACCCGUCAGCAAGCAGGACCCUUUCAGUAACUUCUCUGGCUUCUUUCCUUCUGCUACUGCAAAACUUUUGGAUGGUUCUCACCAACAGCAUGGGUUCCUCUCACUGACUUACACAAAAGCAGUUACUAAAAAUGUCCGUCACAAAUUGAUUUCAAGAAAUGAAAGAAGAACUUUGCACAAAUUAUCAGAAAGUUUCACUGAUGGUUCUCCUCACUUCCUUCAUGAGAUUCUUCUUUCAGCUCAGGCAUUUGAUGUGGUGCUUUGCUUUCCUUUUCUCAAUGCAAUUGCAAGUAUUUUUCAAGCAAAACGUCCACAAAGUCAAAAAGAGAAAAGAAAAUCACCGGGACAGCCCUUGAGGACACACAUUCUCACAUCUCGCAACUUGCCACUUAUUUAUAUCAAUACUGGAGUAAUAAGAAUAUUUUUCCCCAAGAUGGACGAAAGGCAACAGAAUGUAGAAGAUAGUAAGACAGACAAGGAAGAUACUUUGGUACUUAAAAUUGGUUCUGUAUCGAUGGCGCCUCAGGCUGACAAUCCCCUGAGUAGAGUUGUGUUGAGGAAAGACAUUUAUCAGAGAGCACUAAAUCUGGGGAUUCUUCGUGAUCCUGGUUCAGAGGUUGAAGACAGACAAUAUCAAGUAGAUCUUCAGUCCAUCAACAUUGGUACUGCUCAGUGGGAUCAGCUGAAGCCCGAGAAAGAGAACGGUAAAGGCAGGACAGUGCCAGAGAAUGAGCGGAAUUCUCAGAAUCCAGCGCUUGAGUGGAAUAUGGCAAGUAGCAUAAAGCGGCAUCAAGAAAGGAGAGCUAUUUUAACCCCAAUUUUAACAGACUUUACAGUACGAAUAACUGCAGCUCCUGCCAUCAUUUUCACAAAAGUAAUUUCACCAGAGAAUUUGCACACAGAGGAAAUGUUAGUCUGUGGCCAUUCUUUGGAAGUGAACAUGACAACAAGUUUGGACUUCUUCCUCAGUGUGGCUCAAGUGCAACUCCUACAGCAGUUAAUACAAGCCAAUAUGAUUGGAUUAGAACCAUGUAAUAAAGCUACAGAGGUUUCCAAACAUGAACAGAAGAAAAUGGAUACAUCUGAUGGAGGUAUGGCUGAAACAUCUUCCCGUUACAGUGGCGCUCAAGACAGUGGCAUUGGAAGUGACAGUGUUAAAAUCAGAAUAGUUCAAAUAGAGCAACACAGUGGCACAAGCCAUCACCGCAUUGCACGCCCCUCUCGACAGUCUUCCAUCGUGAAGAACCUAAACUUUAUUCCAUUUGACAUUUUUAUUACUGCAAGCCGCAUCUCCUUCAUGACUUAUUCCUCUACCAGUUUAUCUAAAUCAAAAUCAGCAGAAGAACAGAGAGAUGGUGAGAAAACAACUAAAAGUUCUUUAAACCUUGGAGAAACAGUUGAUUCUGACUGCAAGAAAACUGUUGGAGCAGGUAUUUCCUCAAUAACAGCAGAUGAAAUCUUAAAUAGUAAUAAUUCACAACCUUCUGGAAAAAAGACGGGUCUUCUAUCUCUAGAAAGUCUUCAUGCUUCCACAAGAUCAUCCGCUAGGCAAGCCUUGGGUAUAACCAUUGUCCGACAACCUGGUCGCAGAGGAACUGGUGACUUGCAGUUGGAGCCAUUUUUACAUCUUGUUGUAUCUCAGCCUUCUUUGAUCUUAAGCUGUCACCACAGAAAGCAAAGGAUGGAAAUAUCUGUGUUCGAUGCUAUUCUUAAAGGUGUAGCUUCAGAUUACAAAUGUGCAGAUCCAGGAAAAACUCUCCCAGAGACUCUUGACUACUGCAAGAUGUGGUUACAAACAGUGGCAGGAGAAGCUGAUGCUAAAAGUGGCAUCCCGCCUCCUCUUAUCACAUUGCAGAUUAAAGACUUCCUGAAUGGACCGGCUGAGGUAAAUGUUGAUAUAGCAAAGCCUCUGAAGGCUAAUAUCAGCUUUGUCAAGCUAGACCAAAUAAAGCAAUUUCUGAAAAAAAUCAGAAGCAAAAGUGAUUAUGAGACCCAGGAGGAAAAUGUUUCAACAGCUGAUAGCCUUUCAAAGAAAGAUGGCACAUUAACAUCUCAGUGUUACAAAAGCAGGAUUCCUGAUUCGGAAGAUCACAGUGAUGGAGGGCAAAAGUUUUCCAGCCAGAAAAAUCUGUGGACAAGCAUUUCCUGUUGUCAAAAGAUUUCUAUUCAUACUACUCAGAUGGUGAUUUCAAUUGAGACUUUCCCAGAUUCCAGUAAACCCUGCCUGCUAGCAUCUUUAUCAAGCCUCAGGGGAAAUUUACAUGUUAAAGCUAAUUCUAAGAUUAAAGGUAGAAUUAAUGGAUCAACAAUAAUGCUUGACAUCAAUGAUUUCCUUAUUAAGACAAGUCUCCAGGAAAAAAGCAGAACACUACUUGGACCUGUUUGUUGUUCUGUCACUGUAGAAGCCAAAUGGUGUAAACACAGUGGCAAUCCUGGUCCAGAGCUGUCAAUUCCAAAAGUAUACAUUGAUGUGAGAGGUGGACUGAUGCAGGUUUUUUGGGGACAAGAACAUUUAAAUUGCUUAGUUCUUCUGCAUGAGCGUUUGCAGAGUUACCUUCUACAAGAAGGCAAGGAAAACAGACAGGGUACCACUCAAAUAUAUCCUGCACAGAUUCCUGCAGAAAGGAACCAGGGCUCUAAAACAGAGCAUACGUCAGAUGAUCUACGUACAGGCCUGUUUCAAUAUAUACAAGACACAGAAGCACAAAAACUCCCGAGUGCCUAUGAAGUUGUGUUUUACAAUGAAACAGAGGAUAAUCCAGGAAUGAUGCUGUGGAGAUACCCAGAACCCAGAGUGCUCACCCUUGUAAGAAUCACACCAGUUCCUUUUAACACCACUGAAGAUCCAGAUAUUAGCACUGCUGACCUUGGAGAUGUUCUUCAGAUUCCCUGCAGCUUGGAAUACUGGGAUGAGCUCCAGAAGGCAUUUGUUGCUUUCAGAGAAUUCAGUCUAUCUGAAAGCAAAGUCUGCGAGCUGUCACUGCCUACCAUCAACUUAAUGACUGACCAGAAAGAACUUGUAGCCUCAGACCUUUGGAGAAUUGUCCUAAAUAGCAAUCAGAAUUCAGGGGAUGACCAAAGCUCUGAAAGCGAAUCAGGCUCCCAAAGUGCUUGUGACCAGCUUGUAACUCCUACUGCCCUAGCAGCUUGUACUAGGGUGGAUUCGUGCUUUACUCCUUGGUUUGUGCCUUCCCUUGGAGUUUCAAUCCAAUUUGCUCAUUUGGAGCUCCAUCUUUGCCAUCAUCUGGAUCAGUUGGGCACAGCAUCACCAAAGUUUCUUCAUCCAUUUAUCUCUGAUAAAAAUGUGCCAUCUGAGCUAGAAUACUCAAUUAUUUCAUUCAAAAAACCACAUAUCUAUUUAAGGCAAUGGCGUGAUGGAUCGGUUUUCAAGGAGAUACAAUUCUCUACCAAGAUUCACUGCAAACUCUUGGAAUAUAGAAACGUAACAAUGCAAGAUAUUGUAAAGCCAUUUGGUGUGUUUGGGCAGAUUGCUAUUUCUGGCAAUUUAGUGGAAAGGUUAUUGGAUGGACAAGUGAUGGUGGAUCCAAUAUUUAUCAGCUUUGGACAACAUGCUGUUCACUCUCUUCAUAAAACUCUUCAAGCGUGGCAACAGAACCAGUGCCCCGAGGCAGAAGAGUUGGUCUUCAGCCAUUUUGUAAUCUGUAAUGACACACAGGAGACACUGCGGUUUGGCCAGGUGGAUACGGAUGAAAAUGUUUUGCUGGCUAGCCUCCACAGUCACCAGUACAGCUGGCGUUCUCACAAGUCCCCGCAGCUGCUACAUAUCUGUAUUGAAGGUUGGGGAAACUGGCGGUGGUCUGAGCCAUUUAGUAUAGAUAAUGCAGGGACAUUUAUCAGAACUAUUCAGUACAAGGGAAGGACAGCGUCACUUAUCAUCAAGGUCCAGCCACUCAAUGGAGUACAGAAACAAAUUAUCAUUUGUGGAAGACAAAUUGUGUGCAGUUAUUUGUCCGAAAGCAUUGAGAUAAAAGUUGUACAGCAUUAUAUUGGACAAGAUGGACAGGCAGUUGUGAAGGAGCAUUUUGACUGUCUUGCACCUAAACAGAAGCUCCCGUCCUAUGUCCUAGAAAACAAUGAACUAACAGAAUUGAGUGUGAAGGCUAAAGGAAAUGAAGACUGGUCAAGAGAUGUGUCACUUGAGUCUAAACACACUGAAUAUAGCACCGUCAUCCAGGUGCCAUCGUCAAACAACUCCAUAAUUUAUGUUUGGUGCAUGGUUUUGACUUUAGAGGGCAAUUCUCAAGUGGAGCAACGAAUUAUUGUUUUCAGCCCUCUUUUUAUCAUGAGAAGUCAUCUUCCCGAUCCCAUCAUCAUACAUUUAGAGAAAAGGAGCCUGGGGCUGAGCGAAAUGCAAAUGAUUCCAGGAAAGGGGCAAGAAAAAACAUUGCAAAAUAUAGAACCAGAUUUAACUCAUCACCUGACCUUCCAAGCCAGAGAAGAAGAUGAUCCAUCUGAAUGUGCUGUUCCAAUCUCAACAACCCUUAUUAAGCAGAUAACCACCAAAUCUAAUACAGGUGGUACCGCAAAUGAAAUACUUGCUGAUUUCUAUGGAUGUGGCAAUCUUCCCUAUUCUGUAUGGCCAUAUACAAAGAAGGAUUUUGUCAGCGGUGAACAGCUCACUCAGUGGGACAGCCCAAUGCGGGUGAAACUGUCAGUGUGGAAGCCAUGUGUGAAGACGCUGCUGAUAGAACUCCUGCCAUGGGCUCUGCUCAUCAAUCAUUCCAAGUGGGAUCUUUGGCUGUUUGAAGGUGAAAAGAUUGUGCUGCAAAUACCUGCUGGGAAGACCAUGAUACCCCCAAACUUUCAGGAAGCUUUCCAAAUAGGAAUCUACUGGGCAAACACUAACACUGUACACAAGUCGGUCGCAAUCAAGCUGGUCCACAAUAUGACAUCACCCAAAUGGAAGGAUGGUGAUAAUGAGGAGGUGGUGACUCUGGAUGAAGAAGGAUUUGUUGAAGCUGAAAUAAAACUUGGAGCCUUUUUGGGACACCAAAAGUUGUGUCAGUUCUGCAUUUCUUCCAAUGUUCAACGUGGUAUUCAGAUCCUGCAAAUUGAAGACAAAAGUAUCAUUGUCAAUAACACUCCAUACCAAAUCUAUUACAGACCACAGCUAUCUGUUGUGAAGUCCCAGCUGACUGAGGAGUUCUCACAUGUUCCAGACAGCAGUACUUUCAGCAUCUGCUCAGCUAUGGAGUCAGGUGCUGCCAAAGCAAGUUCCAUUCUUUUCUGGGACUUUGUGCAUGACGCCAACUAUUCUGUCUCUGAUGCACUCCCUCUUCAAAAGUAUAUGCUGCUAAGCCUCAAACAUGACACCGGUCCAUCCUGGGGGCCACCAGCUAUCAUUAGGCAGGAAUUUCCAAGGCAGAGCAUAGCCAUACCUAUUUGUGGUCGAGAUGAACAAGGAUUCUCCACCAGGGCUAUAGCACUGACUUAUCAGGAACAUCUUGGGGUGACAUACUUAACUCUAUCAGAAGAUCCCAGUCCUCGUGUAAUUAUCCACAACAGGUGUCCUGUCUCGCUGCUUAUCAAAGAAAACUUCAAAGACACACCAAAGUUUGAUGUUUACUGCAAGCAUGUUCCAGCUGAAAGUUCAGUACAUCAUGAGCUUUAUCAUCAAGUGUCCAGCUAUCCAGAUUGCAAAAUGAAAGAUUUGGUACCCAGCAUCGUUUUGAAAGUGCUAUCAUCAGAAGAAUUAACAAAUGAAUGGAGUGAUUGUGUGGACAUUAACAACCAAGGCACCCAGAUCGUGUUCUUAACUGGCUUUGGCUAUGUUUAUGUGGAUGUUGCUCAUCAGUGUGGGUCAAUAGUGAUCACUUUAGCACCUGAAGGAAGACCAGGACACCAGACCAGUUUGAACAGAACUCAAGAGCAGAGCCUGGUGUUUAAAACAUUCAUCAGCCAGCUGAGUGUUGCUGUGAACGAUGACAUUACAAACCCCAAAAUGUUGUCUGAACUUCUACGAUUCACAAUAGACCACAUUUAUCUUCAUAUGGUUCCAGUUGCCAGCUACCUUAGGCCUCUCUCACAUGAAUUUAAUGGAGAGGCCACCAACAGUAUUCAGCAGUUUUAUACUCUUCAGAUCUACUGUGGAGACUUACAGCUGGACAAUCAGCUUUACAGCAAAUCCAAUUUCCAUUUUCCAGUCUUACUGUGCCAGGGAGAGAAAAAUGAAAGUAUACAGUGGACCAAAAUGCAUAGCCCUGUGGGAUCCAGCAAAGAUUUGGAAGAAUAUAGCGAAAACUCCUUCAUCAAACUCUGCCUCACUUUGUCAGAAGAACAGAAUUUACUGUUCCAUGUGAAUGAACUCAGCUUUGAAAUGAGACCAGCUAGGUUAUAUGUGGAAGACACGUUUGUUUAUUAUGUUAAGACUUUAUUCGAGACCUACCUCCCAGACAGCAAAAGCAUUUACCCUUCCACCAAAGCCUCAGCAAGUAGCCAGAUAUUACCUGAACAAGUGAGGCAGCAUGCCAAUGCUUUAGUCAACCCAGUAAAGUUAAGAAAAUUAGCCAUCCAACCAGUGAGCCUCUUAGUUAGCAUUCAUGCUUCACUGAAGCUAUACAUUGCUUCAGACCACACCCCUCUCUCCUUCUCUGUGUUUGAACGUGGACCCAUUUUCACAACUGCCAGACAGCUCAUUCAUGCAUUGGCUAUGCAUUAUGCUGCAGGAGCAUUGUUCAGAGCAGGAUGGGUGGUUGGAUCUCUGGAAAUUCUCGGCAGCCCAGCCAGUUUGGUAAGAAGCAUAGGCAAUGGGAUAGCGGACUUCUUCAGGCUUCCCUAUGAAGGGCUCACCCGAGGUCCUGGUGCCUUCGUGAGUGGAGUCUCCAGAGGAACAACAUCAUUUGUGAAGCACAUCUCCAAAGGUACACUGACAUCAAUUACCAAUCUGGCAACGAGCCUGGCUCGGAAUAUGGAUCGCCUGUCCCUGGAUGAGGAGCAUUACAAUCGGCAAGAGGAAUGGAGACGGCAGCUCCCCGAGAACCUGGGAGAAGGGCUGCGCCAGGGCCUCUCUCGAUUGGGCAUCAGCUUAUUAGGUGCAAUUGCUGGGAUUGUAGACCAGCCGAUGCAGAACUUCCAGAAGACGUCAGAGGCCCAGGCAUCUGCUGGACACAAGGCCAAAGGCGUUAUCUCUGGAGUGGGGAAGGGCAUUAUGGGAGUUUUUGCCAAGCCCAUUGGAGGAGCAGCUGAGCUAGUCUCGCAGACGGGUUAUGGUAUUUUGCAUGGAGCUGGACUCUCUCAGCAUCCCAAACAGCGCUGUUCUCCAAGUGAUCAACAUGCUGAGCAGGCACCAAACAGCCACAUCAAAUACGUCUGGAAAAUGCUUCAAUCUCUUGGGAGACCAGAGGCUCACAUGGCCUUGGAUGUGGUGAUUGUGAGUGGAUCAGGCCAAGAACAUGAAGGGUGUUUGCUACUUACCUCAGAAGUGCUGUUUGUGGUUAGCAUCAGUGAGGACACCCAGCAACAGGCAUUUCCAGUGACAGAAAUUGAGUGCCUACAAGACAGCGAGCAAAGCAACUUGCUGAAGGUGCAACUCAAGCAGCAAAGGGUUCCUUCUGACUCAGAGGCAGAUGGAGGCAGAGAGAGGUUGUCUGAACAGCAGUACAAUCGGCUUGUGGACUACAUCUCCAAGACAUCCUGCCACUUUGUUCCUGGCACUGUGUCUGUACAAACCGCAGCCCCAGUGGUAGCUGCAGAACCCAUUCCUACAACAGUUAAGACUCAUCAGUAUCUUGUUGAUCCUGUUUUUGCCCAAGUAUUCAUCAGUAAAUUCACCAUGGUAAAAAACAAAGCUUUGAGAAGGGGAUUUAACUGAAGAUACCCUGUGUGGGAAAAUGCUUCCAUUUGUAAAGUAAAGUAAAGUCUAUGCAGUUGCCUGAUGUGAACCUUUUACUCCAACUCGCAUUAAACAGAUCUGCUUGAGCUUUAUUGGCUGGCACAGUAAAUAGCACAGGUUUUUUUUAAAAGAUUAUAUUUUCUGCCCACCUCUAUAUAUAAUGUGUUAGUUCCAGCUAACUACUUGAGGCAGAAUUGAACAAAAUACUAAAAGGAUGUUUGUUACAAGCUAAAGAGAACUGUAACAACUCCAAAGGAAGGCAGUGAAGUCUUUUGUUUUUUCUUAAGUCUGGAAACCAGACCUAAGAGAAUAACACAAAAUGCACAUUUAGGUAUUCUUCUCCAACAGAGAUUAAUCCAUUUUUGCGCUGUCCUAUUUUAGGGUCUGCCAGUUUCUGUUAUAAGCAAGGUUUAUAACUCAGCUGUAAAAACUUCCUCAGGGCUGAAACUUUUACUCCAAGUGCUCCAUCCUUAGAGCAAAACAUUUCCUCCCACUCAGUCUGAAAGCACUGAAGUGGUCAUUUUACGUUACUAGUGACAGCUGGGUUUUAGCACUGCUUUAACCUUAUAGCUGCAUCUUUUAUUUGACUGAAAUCUUGCAGGACUCUAGUCCUUACUAUAAUCUAGUGCCUUUGUGUAGUUUGGACAGAAAAAUGGGAACUACAAAAUUAAUUUAUUUUUGAAACUACCUGUCUGUAGUACUCUUAUGCCCUCAUAAGACCUUUUUUCAGACUUCUGAAUGUAUAUGCUGUUGUGAGUUCUUUGACUAUACCUAAUUAUGCAAGAAAUGUUAUUGGUUAUUAUUGUGGGACCAGCAAUAUGCAUUGUAUAAAGCUUUAGGAGUGAUGUGCUCAGUCAAAUGUACCAAAAAGAAAUCCAAAACAUCUAGAUAAAACCCAGUCUCUCAUUGAAGAUGUAUUUAGUCCAAGAUUAGCCCCCCUGAAAGAUCUGCUUCCAAGUACCAUGCAUAGAAGUCAGCAACAUAAGUUUCAACCAGAAGAUGCCGCUGUCCAUCAGUAACUUCUCUUUAGGCUCAUAUGUCCCUGCUUUCCCAAAAAUAUACACAAUUUCCCUUCCCUGAAUACAAAACUCUGUAAUUUUGGUCUUCGUGGGGGGGGGGGGUGUCUUUGGGCCCUGCGGCCAGAGGAAGGUAGUGCCAAUUCCCACAGUGCCCAAACCAGAACAUCUGCACACAAAAGGGAAACAUACCUGUGCAGGUGUCUCACAGAAUUUCUGUCUGAAAUUGUGAUUGAUGUGAUUAUGGGCACUACACAGUCUAGGUCCCAGUUAUAUAAACUCUACCACUCACUGGACCUGCCCUUCUAAGUUGACUGUCCAAGAAACUCUGCCGCUUGUGCUUUUAGGACUUUAAUGAUGUUUCCAGACAAAUGUAAUUUGUUGCAGAUGCUUCAAGCUCUGUUUUACAAUCUGGCUAUCUCAGUAACAGCGAUUAGAUUUAUUUGUGUAUUGAAAUUGGAUCAGCAGACUUCCAUUUGCAGAAAUCUCCUUGAUGUGGGUUCUCAACUAUUAUCUGUUUCUACUUGAAAAGGUGGGCCUAAGUAGCUCAGAUUUUCAGGUCAGAAGCUCAGCAUCAAUAUGUGGAGAGGCUCGCUAUACUUCAAAACUGGGUUUAAGACAAGAACUGAAAUUAAAUCAAAUCACUGCCUUUAGCCAUUAUCUAAUUUUUCUUGACAAUUCCAGUGCAUAUUAGCUCACUCAGAUACAGAAAACUAAGAAUGUAUUGGUUCUAGUAUCCUUUUGGUGUAUCUCAUUUUGUUACUGAGUUACCUCUGGAAGACUCUAUUGUUUAUUGAUUAUGCAAAGUGUGAACCAAGCCUAACCUCUGCUAACAUUUCAUGUUUUAUCUCUGAAACUGGUCAAUGUUUACCUGUAAAAGAAGCACUACUUAAAAAUUAGUGGGUUUCAUUCCUGAAUCUUUUAUGAGAAUAAAGAGUUAUAUUGCCA